AGUCCGGCUGUCAAAAUUGAAAGUCUUAUAAACCUAGGUCUGUGAUUUAUUGUCUAUGCUUGAAAGUGUCAUGCGAUGUUUCCAAAAAAAGCGAAAAAACUUCUGAAAAAUAUUUUUGCUAAAUAAGCUCACUCCUUAGUACAUUUGAUAAACAAAUUUGUUAUUUAUAUAUAUUCAUUUGUUCGUUUUAUCGUCGGAGUAAGAUAUAACAUCAGACUCGGAUCUGGUAUUUUUCAGUGUAUCAAAGUAAUAUGAGAAUAAUAUGCUCACUGCUAAAGCCUAACAGGAAAUAAAUAUUUAUCUACUGAGCCAAGAUGAGUUCCGAUUCUGAAGACGAACCACUUUCGGUACUAGCAGCAAAAAGGAGAGCUCACCCUGAGACCAAAGAAUUGAUACUGCCGGAAGCGAUUGUCAUAGAAACGAGAAAGAGAAAGAAGAAAAAAUAUGUCAACACUAAAGGCCUAAGUAUUAGCAUUCAGCCAGCAAAACCGAUUAUCAUUGAGAGACCUGUAGAUGUUUGGCUGUAUUUAAAAGAUCUCAGUCCGGCAGGCCCUUAUAGCUGCUUAUUAUGUUCCUUUUGGUUCACAAAUCGCUCCAGACUUGUUGUUCAUUACAUUUUGAACCAUAAAAAGGAUUUCUGUGGAAUAUGCAGAUAUUUUGUCCCGAACCGAGAAUCAUGGACUUCUCACCUGCAGUUUCAUACUCCAUGGCCAUGUUCACAAUGUAUACAAAACUUUGCAACUGAAAAAUUACUAAGGGAUCACAUGAGCACUGCACAUAAUUUGGUGCACUGCCGAUUAUGCCAUUUCCGUGUUGCUGAUGAUGACCUUUAUAAUUCACAUUUAUUUCAAAAGCAUAAUAUUACAAAUACAUCAACAAAAUCGAGCGACAUUCUCUGGGAUAUUCAGUACAAAGGUGCUCCAAAGUUUGCUUGUCGUUUAUGCUCCAAACCCAACGUGUUAAGUCGUACCUUCUUUAAUCAUUAUAUGGGGUACCACCAUUUCACGCUUAAAUGCUUCACUCAAAUCAUAUCUGGUACUGAUCCCCCAUUUGAUGUAAACGGCGCGGACUUAAGUAGCGAGUUUGUGAGUAAUGAGUUGAGUACUAAAACUGCAGUAGGCUAUGUAGAUCUUGAUAAAGAAACUCAUUUAAAAAUAGCGAUACAAGAGAAGCCCCAGAUUUCAAUGGAUGUGAAAGAUGAAGUGGUGAGCGAUGAAGAUACUAAAUCAGAGGAAGUGAAUGCAAAAUGUGAAAAGGAAGAGAGUAUAGUAAAGAAUUACAAAGGAGAUGAAGACUUUGAUGUGACUCUUAUGGAGAUGAUAGUUUUGCAAAAAUGCUACUUAAACCACAUAGAUGAACUUUUAAAUGACAAAAAUGGUGUUACGAAGAAUUCGUAUAUUGCUUAUGACAAGGCAUUGGACGAAAUGGAAAACUUUGAAUGUGCAAUAUGUAAAUCAAUAAUGACUGAUGUCCUAGAUUAUUAUCACCACCUUACCAAAAUGCAUAUAACUAAAUGCACACCAUACUAUAUGUGUAGGGUUUGUUCUAACACAUUUGAAACGUUAUCUGAUUUGGAAAGUCACGUAAUGCAGGAAAUUGGUGAAUUUGAUGACCUGUGGAUAUGUCAAUUCUGCGACAAAGAAUUCGAAAAUCGUGUGACCACUAGACGGCAUCUAGAAGAUCAUUUGCAAGAGAUGGAAUAUGAUAAUUGUUUCAGUCCUCAUUUGGGUUUCAAGUGCAGAUAUUGUCCAAUAUUGUUCUGGAAUGAGGGAGACAGAGAAACUCACCAGAUUAAAGUGCAUUUCAGUAUGCACAGAGAUGAUUAUUAUAAAUGUGAAAGCUGUGAUAAGCUUUUCAGUGAUCAGGUUUGGUUCUUACAUCAUUACUUGUCAGAACACCAAGAAAGCAACAGUAAAGUACCAACAUUCCUUUAUAAAUGCUGUUUGUGUUUAUUUUGCUUCCCGAGCAUUGAUGCUGUCCGCAGUCACUUCAGUGCUGAACAUCCGGAAGCGAGGAAGGUCUUCUGUUCGCUACCCCCUUGUAAAUAUAAACCACUGAGCCAAAGGAAGUCUUUUAAAAUUCACUUGAAGACCCUGCACUCUCCGAAGUCCCGCGGCGGGGGCUUAGUGGAAUGUCCCGUCUGCAGUCGAGAUUUCAAAAGUCAGAAAGCUUGCAACGCCCACAUCACGCAAAUGCAUGGCAUCGGCCGAUACAAGUGUAAGCUGUGCAAGGAAUCCCUUCAUUCUUCGGAUGAAAGGAAACUCCACUAUCUGAUCCGUCACCCGGGGCAGCACCCGUACACGUGCACGCAGUGCGGCAAGUCGUUCCAGUACAAGUCAUCAUUGUACAUGCACAAGCAGGAGCACAUGCCCAACAGACAGAACUUAACGUGCAAUUAUUGUAACAAGGUGUUCUUGAAGAAGGACUCGUUCCGCGAGCACCUACUGAUCCACGAGGGUCCGCAGCACGCCUGCUCCUACUGCCCCAUGCGGUUCGUGCAGCGCUCCAACAUGCUGCGCCACGAGCGGAGACACACCGGCGAGCGGCCCUACGCCUGUCCGCACUGCGAUCGGACCUUCGCGGACAAGGGAGCCUGCAACGCGCACGUCAGGUCGCACUCCAGAGAGACUAUGUACGCUUGUAUGUACUGUGGUCAGACUUUUGUACAGAAAUCAAAACUAACGUACCACGUGAGGAAACACACGGGGGAAAAUCUAGAGACGUGUUCCGUGUGUUCGAAGUUGUUCACAAGCGUCUGCUCCCUACGCGAACACAUGAAGACGCACGAAGAAAAGACAUUCAACGUUAAAUGUCCUUUAUGUGACAAGAAAUACCAAGACGAGCGUUACAUGCUGCGUCACCUGCGCACGGCGCACACGCGGGCGCGUUUCCCGUGUCCGCUGUGCGGGAAGUGCCUCAGCAGCUCCGUCGGGCUGAGGCUGCACGUCAUCACGCACGCUGAACUCAGCAUGUUCCAUUGCAAGGUCUGCCCGAAAGGUUUCUCGGUGAAGAAGACGAUGAUGAAACAUCUCCGUCGACGUCACGGCCUCAAAGGGACCGAAUUGAACAUUACGGAUUAUUAUAACAAACUGGAUCCCAGAGACUGCAAGCUCGGCCUCGACGAGGAGGUGAUGACCAGCAUCUUCGGUCCGCCGAAGAGGAUCGUUAACGACGUCCUGGUCGGGGACUUUGUUACUGUGCACAACCAGAGGAUCUCGAAGGCCGCGCGUCAGGCCGAGGCUUCCAAGUCUGAUGAAGAUGAUACCGAGGAAAACGAACCGACAGACAACGACGCGCCCGAACCGGAGGAGAGUGACCGCGAGAGCCAAGAAGAAGUGACCAAACAGCAUUUCGUUAGUAUCAAAAUGGAGAAAAUUGACAGCGAUACGGAAAACACACAGAACACAGUCGAACUGGAGCCCACUGAUUUUGUCAGCGUCAAAAUCGAACCCCUAGAUUCGAUUGAGGACAUCAACGAUUGAUGCGUUUCGGUUUGAAGAGCAGGGCAGCCGUUGUAACUAUACUGAGACCUUAGAACUUAUAUCUAAAGGUGGGUGGCGCAUGCACGUUGUAGAUGUCUAUGGGCUCUAGUAACCACUUAACACCAGGUGAGCUGUGAGCUCGUUUACCCGUCUAAGCAAUAAAAAAAAUGAUAAUUGUUAAUGGUGUGAUUUGUAAAAAUAUACUUAAAAGUUACACGCUAAAGUUAGGUGAAUAGUUUACUAAUUGGUCACACAACGCAGUGAAACGUUGAGUGUUGUAUAGGAAUCGUGUCGCAAGAAUAGAAUAAUUGUAAAAAAUACCUGAUCUAUAAAAGGUUCUGUGAAAAUUAGUAGUAGGAAGGAAGGAACACUAUAUGUGAGAGCAGAUAUAUACAACACAGUGAAGUUGAUAAUACUGGUUGAUUUUGUUUGAGCUAUAACAAAAGUGGGUAGUUAACAAAUUUCAAGAGGUAACGGAUAAUAGCAGAUAUUUAUUGUCUGUCGAAACAUUGUAUACAUUUACUAGGGUGAGAAUAACUUCUUAUCGUUUUAGCAUGCCUAAAGGAUAAGACGUCCGCUGCAUUCGUAUCUAACGAUGCACCGGUGUUCGAAUCCCGCAGGCGGGCACCAAUUUUUCUAAUGAAAUACGUACUUAACAAAUGUUCACGAUUGACUUCCACGGUGAAGGAACAAUAUCGUGUAAUAAAAAUCAAACCUGCAAAAUUAUAAUUUGCGUAAUUACUGAUGGUAGGACCUCUUGUGAGUCCGCGCGGGUAGGUACCACAGCCCUGCCUAUUUCUGCCGUGAAACAGUAAUGCGUUUCGGUUUGAAGGGUGGGACAGCCGUUGUAACUAUACUUGAGACCUUGAAACAGAUAUCUCAAGGUGGGUGGCGCAUUUACGUUGUAGAUGUCUAUGGACUAACCAGUUAACACCAGGUGGGCUGUGAGUUCGUUCGCCCACCUAAAGCAAUAAAAAAAAUUAUAUUUCGUGAAUUCAAAAGUAAUUUAACUCAGCCGCCACUAGGUUACCAGCUUUGUAACUGGGUUGUGUUCAUGAGAAAAGUAAGAAGAAACAAAGUAAGAAGAUAAAAACACAGGUUAUGUGUACUGUAGUAAACAACACUAUACACUACGGAGUAUACACUAUAGGAAUCCGAGCUUAGUGUAGCGAGAGAGAUGGCUCAACGCCGGAUCGAGUGGGAGAGAAUCGCACAGUCGAUUGCGCAUGGCGACACGUCGCCACACCGUACUCACUACUGCAUAUAGACUGUAUAUAUAUACCAACAUAUACGCUAGAAAUCGGUUUUACGUGCGGCUAUAGAUGUUUCACAUCAAAAAUAUUUAUUUAAAUAAACAAUACAAAAGGCUUUAAUAACGAAAAUUAUUUCAAUUAAAAAAAUGUAAAUGACAAACAAAACAGACUUUUCUUUGCAUAUUAUAUAAUAUGAUUAGGUUGUGGUGAUGCGCCGCUUUACUAGCUAGAUUAGUAUUGUCGAGUUUAAAUUUUCAUUCAAUUUUCAAUGUUUCAAACGGUGAAAAAAAAAAAACAGUUUUCAUGACCAUAGCAGACUAAUUCGAGAUUUAAUCAUGGGACUGUUUUUUUUUGUAUUUCAUUAUUGUUACUAUUCAAUAAAACUCAAUUCUUGAGGUCACAUAGACAUUUUUCUUUUCACAAAUACGGUACUUACAUAAUGAGUUGAGUAUUAAGUUGUUAAAGAAAACGCACAAUUAUUAGUAUUCAUAGGUAGAUAAAAACAGCGCAAUGAACAACUAAGUUUUUUUAUGUCCAUACAUUUUUAAUUAUGUAUUGGGUUUGUCAGAAAAUUGACGAUAUUUUUUGCCAUGAGUAGAUUAACCAUUAAUAUCGUACAUUAUCAUUAUUUUUGUGAUAAUUUUACAUCUUCCUUCGACAACAAACAUUAAACAUCUGUGUCACAUAUAGUUUUUAAAAUAGCAAUAUCAUUUCAAGGGGGGUUAUUUCUCGGAUUUAAUUAAUUGUAAGUAAAUUACUUUAUGUAUGAAGUUAGAUGUAACAAUUGAUAGUGCAAUGCAGUGAUUAGUUUUAAGUUAAUUUUCUGAUUAAAAUAAGCCUGUUAAAGUGAUUUAGAUGUUAAUAAACGUUAUUUUAAUUUUCAUCUUAAUUUUCUUUGUAUAUAAUAUAUUAUUCUACUGGUA